GUCCUCAUAAAUUUGUUUUGUGAAAGGUCAACCGCUUCGAAAAUCAUUGCUGCUUGAUAUCGACGUUGCUUUGACAACACUAAGGAGGGUACCGGCUCAGCAGCAAAACUCGUCGCUUCGUCAAUAGUUAUUGAGGCAAGAGGCAAGAACCUCGGAUAGUUGAGCAGAAUGAAUUCUGAGGAAGGCAAGUCUGCAGCAGGUCACCCUUCUGCUGCUUCUUCUCUCCACGUCCGAGAGGAAUCAGAAGAGUUUGACAUCAUUGAGCAUGUGGUGCGACCACGGGUAUCGAGCACUACUGUCAACAGCAACAGUGAAUUUGAGCUACAGAAAUUGGGUAAAACUGAGAGCACAAGGCAAGCAUUGGCUAUUACUGUGCCACCAAACAGUUCUUCCACACGUUUCCAACCACCUACCGGUAGCAAUACUGAUCCGUCCUACCAUUGGAGCCCAGCCAACAACAUUUCGGCCCUUGGUCAAUUAGAUGUCUUGGCAGUGGCUGUAAUGGAUCAGGAAGAUCUGCCACAAGAACUCCAAGCAAAGGACAAAGAGGAAAAUGACCUUGAAGACCGCUCCAUUUUGAAUCUCCUGCAAGAACCGCAUAGAAAAUGGGAGCCAACUGAUGAAUCAGCCUUGGAAGAGGAUGAGAUGGAUGAAGAGUUUGCUUGUGCUCCACCAAGACUUGCCCAAGGGCCAAACAUUGAGCUGCAGAUACAGCCUGGAGCAAUCGCUGUUGCUGGUCCGGGCAUACAAGAAACCAAUGUUGAAAUCGAUUCUACUGAAUCAAAUACAGCGGCUGAAGAUAUCUCUACUGUGGAGGACAGUAGCGGGUUGGUUGUGGCAAAUCUGGUAGCGGAGGAUCUGCCCCAGGCUGAAGAAUUAGACAUGGAUUCAUCCCUCUUGAGAAAAGACUUCAUGAAACGGCUUUUGAUGAAAGUCAUACUGGCAGCAGUUAUCUUCAUAUUCUUGAUCAUAAUGCUGGUGAUUCUCAUUCCCAAGAACGAAGGAGCCAACAUGACACUUACAUGGGAAGCAACACCAAGCGCCAUGCCUUCACAAAUGUCUUCACAAAUGCCCACAUCCUCUGAUGACUACAUCAUGUCUCUACUACCAGGAGAAACCAUUCUGGCCAUCACCGAGCAGACCGAUUCUCCUCAAUCCAAAGCCUGGCAGUGGCUGUUGGAAGAUAUGGAAUUUCCAGUCUCUCUGCCAGAAGACCGCAUCAUGCAAAGGUUUGCCCUUGUCACACUAUUCUAUUCCACUGGAGGAGAAGCGUGGACCAAUAAUGAUAGUUGGCUUGACCACCAAAUACAUGAGUGUGAAUGGUACAACUCACCUGAUUUUGCCAACAAAGAAGUCAUAUCAAACAUCUAUGAGGAGUUUCUUGCUGGCUACAUGGAACCAAUGCCCCACCACCAUUGUAAUGAUGAUGGUACAUACCAACAUUUGUGGCUGAACAGAAACAAUCUUGUGGGCGCAUUGCCCCAAGAGAUCUACAUGAUGACAUCCCUUCAGACAUUGUCUGGUGUCUCUAACUCAUUACACGGUGAAAUCUCUACAUUUGUUGGGCAACUAACAGCACUGCACGGGAUUGCAUUCUCUGACAUCAAGGGCACUGGAGCAAUCCCCUCGGAAGUUGGGUUGUUGACCAACCUUCAAGUCUUUCAAUGUCGAAACUGUGGUUUUCAAGGACACAUUCCCAUGGACAUUUGGAGGCUGAGCAAUCUUUCUCAUCUAAUUUUGCCUGUGCACCCACAGUUGCAGGGCUCCAUCCCAGCAGAGAUUGGAAGGCUAUCCAUGUUGACAUUUCUUAUCCUAGAUCGGUGUGACCUUUCUGGUAGCAUUCCUUCUGAAUUUGGCGAGCUUGGGAAACUCCAUAUGUUCACAAUGAAUAGCAACAAGUUCACCGGCACACUGCCCACAGAGAUGGGUCUUCUCUCAAGCCUAACCCUUUUCCCACCUCGCAACAACCUGUUCCAUGGUACCGUCCCAUCAGAGUUGGGACAACUUACAUUAUUGACCACGCUAACACUUCGUGGCAACAGGUUUCACGGGACUGUUCCAAGCGAACUUGGACUCCUUACCAACCUUACAAUUACACUCAACCUGCGUGGCAAUUCACUUUCCGGAACCAUCCCAACAGAGCUUGGGGUCUUGUCAAGGCUUCAGGAGCUAGAUUUGCAAGGAAACCAGUUGUUGUCUGGCCAAAUUCCCAGUGAACUGGGCCAACUUUCAUCUGUCGGCCAUCUUACAUUUGCCAAUAAUUCUUUUUCUGGCACGGUGCCAUAUGAGUUGUCUGCUCUUCAGCCGAUACUCCAUACAUUGACCUUGGAAGGGAACCCACUCUUAUCUGGUACAAUUCCUGAAGCUGUUUGCAACUUCAAUGGUACCUGUGUUGGAAAUGCAUGGGAUGAAUGUGAUAUGAUACAGGGUUUGUCAUUUGACUGUACCAGCCUCCUCUGUGGCUGUAACUGUACUUGUUGGAAUAGCACUAGCUCAUAAGGUCCACUGGACUAUCAAUUAACGUACUGGUGGCAAACUGACGAAUGAAUAGGCUAGCGAGUUACUAGUUGACCAAGGCAGUCUACUCCGCCUCCUCCUCGUCGUCAUCACUC